GCGUCUAAGCAAUGACAGCACGACUGCGACAUCUCUGGAACAAAGCGGCGGCAAGAUUUAUAUACAGCGAUGUGCACUUGUCUUGCGCUCAGUUGCAUACCUUUUGGUUGUGGUGCUUUAUUUAUAAAUGGUUUUAACUGACCACGAAACAGCGACUGAAGCCAGUGAGAGGGACACAGUGUCUGAUAGACGUGGAACUGCUAACCCACCCUCAAAUUGAGCUAUAGCUAACUGUAGCAACGGUGACAAAGGCGAGCUGUGGAGGAUGUCUCAGAAGAAGGCCUUCCUGGUUCUGCUGGCAGUGAGCAGUGUGGGCCUCCUCCUGCACCAUGGAGGCCACUUCUUCUGGACUAUGAAGGGCUUCCGCCUGGACUGCCCCUUGCUGCUCUCGCACCCGUCCCCCACGCUGAAGCCCAAGCACACCAGCAUCGCCUUCCUCAAGACGCACAAGACGGCCAGCAGCACCGUGCAGAACCUGCUCUUCCGCUUCGCCGAGCGCCACAACCUGACCGUGGCCCUGCCCUACCAGAACUGCGAGCACCAGUUCUGCUACCCGCGCCCCUUCAGCGCCCGCUUCGUGCACCCGCACACCGUGCCCCCCCGCAUCAUCACCAGCCACAUGCGCCUCAACGUCUCCGAGCUCCGCCGCCUGAUGCCCAACGACACCGUCUACGUCACCAUCCUGCGCGAGCCCGCCUCCAUGUUCGAGUCCCUCUUCAGCUACUACAACCAGCACUGCCAGAGCUUCGGCCGCGUCCCCAACGGCUCCCUGGAGGCCUUCCUGGCCGACCCUGGCCGCUACUACCGCCCGGAGGAGAAGGACUCCAUGUACGCCCACAACACGCUGACCUUCGACCUGGGCGGGGACAAGGACCGGCCGGCCUCGGACGUGGACUACGCCAGCGGCUUCAUCGCGGGGAUGGAGCGCGUGUUCUCGCUGGUGAUGAUCGCCGAGUACUUCGACGAGUCGCUGGUGCUGCUGCGCCACCUGCUGUCCUGGGACCUGGAGGACGUGCUGUACGUGAAGCUCAACAUGCGCGUGUCGGGCUCCAAGCAGAACCUGAGCGCGGGGCUGCCGGCGCGCGUGCGCGGCUGGAACGCGCUGGACGCGCGGCUCUACGACCACUUCAACGCCUCGCUGUGGCGGCGGCUGGACGCGCUGGGGCCCGGCUGCGUGGCCAGGGAGGUGGGCCUGCUGCGGGCCGCGCGGGACAGGGCGGUGCGCGGCUGUUUCGGGGGCCAGUUCCCCCAGCGCCGCCCCGCCGCCCAGAUCAAAAACAAAGAGCUGCGGCCCUGGCAGCCCAGCUCCAAGGUGGACAUCGUGGGGUACGACCUGCCGCCCAACGCCUCGCGCCCCGCGCCGGGGGCCGGCGGGACGUCCCAGGACCUCUGCCUGAAGCUCAUCAUGACGGAGGUGCAGUACAGCAGUUUCCUGCUCCGAUCCCAGUCCCUGCGCUACCGCAAGAACUACGCCCUGCGCUUUCCCCCGCCCGUCCGCUCCACCAAACUGCGGCGCCCCUCACCUCCACCGCCCACCCGAAACAGCUCCACCGUCCCCCGCUCACCCACUGCUCCCGCUCCUGCCGUCACUCUGAAGCCAGCCACCAGCAACAAGCCCCGCCCUUCACCCAAGCCCCCGUCUUAGGCCUGGCUCCGCCCCCCGCUCAGCCUUGUGGGAAGCUUGUCGCCCCUGAACACUAUGACAGGCCAUUCAGGGGCACUGUGUCCCAUUCUCUUGUUGGCUGGUCACUCCAAAAACUCUAGUGGCAGAGUGCUGUGGUACUGUCUCAGCACAUUGCUGCUGCCUCAGCUCUCUGACGCCACAGCGGGCACCGAAGCUUUGCUCACCACCGGUGACAUAUCCCAGCAUUCCCUGUACUGCUCUCCCCUCUUAGUGUAUGUGACAAAGGCCACUCAGGGAGCUACUAACCCAGUGAAAUAUGUACUUGUCUUAGCCACUGUCAAAUUCAGAGGCAGAAUGUAGUGUGUAGUACUACAGUACUGCAUCUGUAUCAACAAGCAGCCUCACUAGAUCCACUGCAUUACCAAGGUAACAUUACAGGACUCCUGUGAUGAGGCAGAGGUCAUCGACAGCAGGUGGCAGCUAAUGGAACUCUGGGGCUAGCUGUGGAGCUAGCUGUGCGGCCCGUGUUCCAAAGUAAUCCGUAACUGCACUUCAUCUAGGGGCGGGAGACAGAGGCUUGAUGAAUCUUCGGAAUGGGUGGAGCUAACAUCUGUUAUCAGUGUUUCCGACCAAUCAUGGUGUUUUGCUGUGGGGAACUAGAGACCUUUCAUUUCUGUGGUUCUGUAGCUUGGUGGCCUCAUGUUGUCUUUGGCAUUCAGGAAGCCUCAACCACCCCCCCAUCUCACGUCGCUAUAAAACAGCUGACCUUAUUGCUGGAGUGAAAAUACAUAUACAAAUAAUCAAUUAAAGAGUAUGAUUUACAUUUGAAGAAGGAUCUCCACAUAUUCUCAUGAGGCCACCAAUUGCUAAUCUGUGUAUGGUCCAGCGCUGCCAUGACCCAGCAGCUGUCUGAGCAGAAUCAAUGAGAAAUGAAAAUCGAUUGUAAGACAUGGCUGUCUACCAAAAAAAGCAGCUGAUAAUUAACUGUAUUCUUUUUAACACAUUCCAUUUCUUUAUUUUUCUGAAUCUUGAAAAAUGCUGAGGGUCACAAAAAAAGAAUGCCAUGAAAGAAUUUAUUGUCAUCUGUUGUCUGAUGUUCAGGAGAUGUAUUUAGGAUGUGCCCUGAAGUGUACGUUGUACUUACCCACCGCACAUGGUUGAAAUGAUCAAGGUAAUACUGUCUGCGUUAUUUAUUUUAGUUUUUAUUACGAAAAAAGAAGGAAAUCCGCAAUAACAUCACUGUCCUGAUACUGGGAAAACUUUGUGUGUGAAAAGGUACCUUCCAAUGCACUAAUGGUGCGGCAAGAGGCUUUAACCAUUUAAGCCACAUGUGACGUGUUGGGUACUGUAGCAGGAUUUAUUUAUUCCACAAUACCUUUUCAUACGUUGUAUACACCAUAUAAAAGCUGUAUUUGGACGCAAGCAUCCAGUUAAAAAGAACACAUUCUGAUCUGUGCGUUAUGAUUUGAAACAUCAUUGCAGUAGACAAUCAAAGCAAGAGGACCCUUGAAACACGUAUGUUGGUGUAUGUUCAGCUACUUUUCACAUUGACUAAGUUGGCUCAGUUAUGAUUACAGGCCACAUUUACCUACCUCUGGAAGGAGCCUGUUUUUCAUUAUAUUUGCAUGUGUUGGUAAAGAACAUUCACAUGCUGAAUCAACUUCAGAAUCAACAAGGAGUUCCACAAAAAGACUGCUCUUGUAAAACGUGAGUAAAAUGAAAGAAAGGAAAAUACCUUGAAAGUAAUAAGAGGCUAUAUAAUAAAGAGGGACAUGUACUGUACAGCUCAACUGUGAAUUUGGGAGCCACUUUGGCCAUUUUUAUUAAUCUGGGUAGAAUGGGGGGUUUUUUUGAACAGCAUAGAUUUUUUUUUUCAUUAAGUUGUCCAAUGUAACAGAAUUUUACCAA